CAGUGAAAUGACGUGGGCGGCGAGAGGCUGGUUAUGUGAGACACAGCUCACCGUCCUGGGCGGAUGGAUGCCGCGGGCUCAGGCCUGCCACGCCUCACACGAUGCAGCCCCCUGCCCGGCGGCGCCGCGCUCGCAGUGCCCACACACCUAGGCUGCCAGGCCGACCUCCCAGCCUCCGGUCUGAAGCUUUCCUGGCGCUCUGGUGAAGCGGCGGCUGUAGAGGAGGGGCCGCGGCGGCAGCGCGGGAGGAGGAGCCGCAGCCGGAGCCGGAGCGGGACGAGCUGUGAGGAGCGGCGGCGGGAGCAGGUCCGUCUCCCUUACUCCUGCCAUCCCCCGGGUUUGUAACAAUGGUAAACGACAAUGAAGAUCGUGAGCCAUCAGUGUAUGAGAGAAACGGCAUGAUUCCCAUGCAUGAGCAAAGUGAGGAGGGACCAACAGUAGAUGCCAAAGGCACUGAUGGGAAUACACAAACAGAAGAAACUGCUCUCUUGAAUUGUGCUCAGCAACCUCCAGAACCAACAGCAGGGUCUUCAGUACCUGCAAGAACAUGGAGGCAAAUAUGUACUUGCCCUCCUGAGGGUUUACUGGCCCGAACAGUGACAAAUGUUGCAUUCGUGGUCCUGGUUUGGGCUGUUGUUUGGUCCAUCACUGGGACCGAGUGUCUCCCAGGUGGGAAUCUGUUCGGGAUUCUGUUUCUUUAUUUUUUUGCUGUCAUUGGAGGUAAAAUCUUUGGAUUCAUUAAAAUACAAACACUACCCCCUCUUCCUGCUCUUCUGGGGAUGUUACUUGCUGGUUUCCUAAUCCGGAAUACCCCAUUCAUUAGCGAUAUAGUCCAGAUAAACCUCCGCUGGUCUGCAGCACUGAGGAAUGUUGCGCUUUCCAUUAUCUUGGCACGCGCAGGACUUGGCCUGGAUCCAGAGGCUCUGAAGAAGCUCAAAGCAGUCUGUUUACGGCUUUCUUUUGGACCGUGCAUUUUAGAAACGUGCACAGCUGCUGUUCUUGCCUGCUUGUUCAUGCACUUGCCAUGGAAAUGGGGAUUUAUACUGGGUUUUGUUCUAGGUGCAGUCUCCCCUGCUGUGGUGGUUCCCUCAAUGCUGAUUUUACAAGCUGGGGGAUACGGGGUGGAGAAAGGUGUCCCAACUUUGCUAAUGGCAGCCGGCAGCGUUGAUGACAUUCUGGCUAUCACAGGCUUCAACACUUGCCUCGGGAUGGCUUUCUCUUCGGGUUCUACUCUGUACAAUGUGCUCCGUGGAGUGCUGGAGGUUGCUGUUGGAGUGGCAGCUGGGGGGAUUCUGGGAAUGUUUGUUCGAUAUUUCCCAAGCCAUGAUCAGGCAUCUCUGGCAUGGAAGAGAACAUACUUUAUACUUGGGCUGUCCGUGUUUGCCAUCUUUGGCAGCAUCUACUUUGGCUUCCCCGGAUCAGGAGGGCUCUGCACAUUAGUCUUAGCUUUUGUUGCAGGUGUGGGAUGGUCUGAUGAAAAGAGAGAAGUAGAAAAAAUUGUUGCAGUUGCAUGGGAUAUUUUUCAACCUUUCCUUUUUGGUCUAAUUGGAGCAGAAGUGUCUGUUACGUCUCUUAGGCCUGAAACUGUUGGCCUCUGUGUUGCUACAUUAGGCAUUGCCCUAGUUGUGCGAAUUGCAGCAACGUUCCUGAUGGUGUGUUUUGCUGGGUUUAAUUUCAAGGAGAAAGUAUUUGUCUCAUUGGCAUGGAUUCCCAAAGCCACUGUCCAGGCUGCGAUAGGUUCCCUUGCCCUGGAUACUGCAAGAAGUCAUCAGAAUGAGCAACUAGAAAAGUAUGGAAUGGAUGUACUGACUGUAGCUUUCUUGGCUAUCUUGAUCACUGCUCCAAUUGGAGCCCUGGUUAUUGGCUUGGCAGGGCCCAGACUUUUGCAGAAGGCUCAGACAGAUUGCAAGGAGGAUGAGGAGGGUGCUGAUACCGGAGCAGAGGCCUGUGAACCUUCGUAAGACAGAUGUGCACAGGAAUAUGGUCCUUCAGCUCUUACACUUCUGUUGAGUAAACACAGCGUGUCUGUCAUCUUUCUGGAGGGAAUCAAAGUAUCAGUUACAUCUGCUAUUUUAAAAGCAGAUGUGGUGGAGUUUUAUAAAAUACUUUUAUGUGUUGAUGGUGCUUUAAGAGAUGAAAUAGCUGAACACACGGUGAAUAGGCUGGCCUGGCAGUUGACUCAUGGAGAAGUUAGCAGUCAACAGUUGCUUGAAAUGUGUGGGUGAGAGGCCAGGGAGUGGAUCAGAGUUGUUCAGGCACAGAGUGAAGUCAUGAGGUGGAAUAUAAACAGAAGAAAAUGGAGACUAAGGAGAAAACAUCUUGAUGGUUGAAACUGGGCCAUGCGAUGGCAAGUUCAACUGCUUAAAGAACGCAACUACUGAAUAAGAGACUGCUGACACACAGUGAACAAGUCCUGCUGUGGGCUGCUGAUUCCUUCUCCUUCCUCAUUUGAGUUCUAAAACUUGCCUUUUCCUGUCGCUGUUCUUCCUCACAACUUGGGGACUCAUUUGUGCCUUCAAGGGACUGUCAGCUCUCAUAGCAACAAACAGCAAGUGGCACUUACGCAUUGAAAGAAAACAAUUGGGUCCAUCACAGACACUGGUAGAAUGGGCAUUGCUGGAGCUGGAAGAAAAAAAGGACUGAUCUUGAAAAUGAGAUGAGGGUUGUAAGGAGCAUACAAAGACUGGGAAAGGGUUAUAUGGGAUUGGGAUGGCUGCUUCUUCACCUCAGCCUUCGCACAACAUGAUGCCAAAGGAGGGAAAGCCAACUCUUUGGCCACUGAGAGUGACUAUAUUCUGGUGCUGGCUGCUGUAAGAGAGCAGGGAGAGCUCUUCUUAGGUGGGGUUUUCUGACAAGGCAAGUCAAGGUGGCAAUGAGUUGUCCCCCUCCUUUUGGGGAACUCAGCAAUAGCAGACCUCUUCCCAAAACAAGAUUUAUGGGUCAGCCAGGAUCUCCUGUUGUGUUGUCCUAAGUUAAUACUCAUCUGUCUGAGAAAAUGCCACGAUCAGGUGGUUCUCACAUCUGCAUUUGGAUAACCGCAGCAAAGAAAACCAGGUAUUUGUUAAAAAUAUGGCCAGUUAGUGCUGAUUUUUCUUAGAGCUGGCUGACUGGGUUGACCAAGGGAGAGUGGAGGCCUCUCAUAUUUUCAGUAUAGCGUCUCUCCAAAACUGGAGGUUUUCUUUUGUUGUUUUUUAGUCAGGAUGCUAGAUUGUAAUUGAGGUCGACAAUGUCUCCCUGCAGUUUUCUGCACUACAGUUCACUGAACUCAUUUUACAGGUGUAAAAUAUAUUGGAUGUAUCUAAAUAUUUUUUGGUAUCAGUAGGAAUUAAUCAACUUCAUUUCAGCUUUUACACUUUAAUAUGCAACACAAAAAACAUUUUUAAAGGAAAACUAUCUGAAACUGUAAUAUUUGCAGCGUCCACAUGUUUGUUGGUGUACAGGUUGAUUACAGCUCAGUACAUGUGCCUUUGUAUAUGUAUUCCUCUCCAAGGCAAAAAGACAGCUUCCUGAGAAAUUUAAGGUCCAGAGCCUGCAAUUCCAGCACAGUGAUAAAAAAUACCAGGAGAUACUUUGGCAAGUUUCCCCAUAACAGUUGUCAAGCACAUGAACGUUCUUACUAUAUACACUGCUGUUCUCUCUGCUUCCUUGGGGAAUGUACAGUCUUUAGUUCAGUUCAUGUUUGUCCCCUAACCAGAAAAGAAGAUGCUUUCAAACUGUGAACUAAUGAAUGGUUAGGGUCCUGUGUGUAGUGGUUGUUGUGUCAGUCAUUGACUUUUGUGCCUGUUCUGCCUACUUCACACAGCUACAGCAGACACUCUAACUCAAAGUGGAGUAGUUUUAAUAGGAGGUUAUUGUACUUGGAAAUUGUACUGUCUGUAAACCUAACUGAUGAGACAGGGAACGUGGUGUUCAGUUCAUCAAUGAUUGCCUGCAAAAUAAUUCUACUUGAGUACAACUUACCAGAGUGGAAACUUCAUAUAGUUCACUUUAAGUUUUAUAAAAAAUAGAAUCCUCGUGCAGAGAUGGACCACUAUGUGAAAUUUGGAGUCUUUUCAAUACAGAAGCGUGACAAGUGAGGAUUAGAGCCCUUUAAAUCUGAACACAACCUUAAGUAUGCAGGCAGUCCUCUGACAAACAGCCCUUGUUCACGAUAGCUUCCAAUACUCGCUCACCAUCAUGACAGCAUCUCAUAAAUUGGAUUGAUCAUGUUCCCUUAAACUUAGUGCACUCUAAAUUUAUUCAUUGGAUCACUCCCUUCAUUCCGAGUGCUUGAAUAGCUACACCAGUGAAAACUGUCAUCUUGUUCACCAGUCUAAGCAAAAUGGAACACAUUUUCCUUUCCUCGCUACCAUAUGUGGAUGUUUCUCACAAGUCUCUGUCCCCUAGUUUUUAUUAGAUCUUCAAAAGAAUCAAGUCAAAGCUAUUACACAGACCUGCAGUUCUAAAGUGAAAACCGUUAAUGCUGUAUAAUCCUCUUCUCCUUGCCUCCCAGAAAGGAACAAAACACUUGCAUCUUGUCAUAAAAAGUUCUGUGGGGGUUAAGAACCCAACAUUGGGGUUUUUAAAGAAACAUCAUGACAAUUUCAGCUGAUUUUAACCAGCAGUUAACUUUGAGGGAUACGAUUUCACUUUUUAUCAGUUUGGGUGAAGUUGGGACAUUUAAGACUGUCUCCCUGUUAACAAAACAUCCAUGAGUAAUGCAUAAAUUCAAGCCACCAAAAUCUUUAUGCCCUGCCAGUCUCUUAUUUGCAGUAACAAAAAUGAGAGCACAAUGUGCAAUAAGCUGUAACCAGGAGUCCUUGUCAUGUGGACAUCAUGAGGCAUAAUCCGUGUCACAGUUUGACAUGAAGCCUUUUCUGGUAAAGGGGAAGGGGCUGUAAAGAUGGCUCCUGUAAGUAGUUGCUUGAAACUCUCCCCAGCUCUGAGCCAGACCCACUGCUGGGGCUGAGCCAAUUAGACGCCUCCACGAUCACUUUUUAAAAAGAAGCCAGAAGAGGAGGCUGCUUCCUCCUUCUUCCCGUUCCUUCCUUCUUCUGUCCCUUCUUCUGGCUGCUGGUGGUCGUGCAAGGAGUGGGAAGAGAAACAGCCAUGUGGACUCCAAGGUCAGUGAUGAAAGAGAGGAGGAGGUGUGCUGGAGCAGAGACUCCCCUGCAUUCGGUGGAGAGAACUGGUGAAGCUGAGAUUUAUUUUCAUUUCUUUAAAGACCCUGCAUCAGUGGUAGAGACUCAUUUUGAUAAUGAGCCCAUAUCAGGGGUAGAGACUCAUGUUGCUAAAGCUGGCCCCAGACCAGGGGCAGCGAUUCACUUCAUUAAAGGCCCCAAGCCAGGGACAGUGACUAUGGCCAGAGGAGGCCGUGUCCUGUGGGAGAGACCCAACCACUUCACUGCAGACCCCAAGCCAGGGGCACUGAUUCUCUUCAUUAAAACUAUGGCCAGAGCAGGCUGUGUCCCAAGGAAAGGACCCAAUAUUCACAGAAGCUGUAACUAUGGGGAGGAACCCACAACAAAGCAGCUCAUUAAACUUAUGCCCAGAAAAGGCCUUGUCCUGAGGGAGGGACCCUGCAACUGCAGAAACUGCAACCGUGGUGAAGAAUCCACGCCUGAGAUAUUCACCAAGGACUGAGUCCCGUGUGAGGGACCCUGUAUCUGCAGAAGCCGCAGCUGCUGGGAACAACCCACACCAGAGAAGUUUGUUAAGGACUGUGUCCCGGGGGAGGAACCUCGUGUUGGAGCGGGGGAAGAAUGCCAGGAGUCAUCCUCAUCUGAGAAGACAGAAGUGGCAGAGCCCAUCUGUGAGAGACUGACCACAUUCCCCAUUCCCUGCCCCCCCCCGAGCUCUUGAGGGGGGAGGAGGUAGAGAUAUGGGGAGCAGUGAGCUGGGCCCGGGAAGAAAGGAGGGAUGGGGGAGGGAGAUCUUUAAGUGCAGGUUGUAAUUUUCUCAUCAUCCUGCUCCCUUUUUGCUUUUAUUCCAUUCUGUUUCUUGUAGAAUAAACUUUCCUACUUUCCUCUCUGAGUACUGGAGUCUGUUUUGCCCAGAACCAUAAUUGGCAGUGAGCCCUCCCUGCCCUUGUCUCAAUCCACAACCUUGCUUGUCUUUUUACUCCCAUUUC